CUCUCUCUGUGUCUCUCAUGAAUAAAUAAAAAUAAAAUAUUUUUAAAAAAAUAAAUAAAAUAGACCUUAAAAAUAGACACAUUUCUGGCAAGGGAAAAAAAAAGACAUCCUCUUGGAUGUCUCAUAAUUCAAACUUAGCUCAUCAAAUCUCUGAUUUUCCCUUAAAAUACUUGUUUCUUCACUAGUCUUAUAUCUCAAUAAAUUAUGCCAUCAUCUAAGUCAAAACACCGAAGUUAUCCUUAACACCUCCACCUCUGUCACUCCCACAUUUAAUCCAAUAUCAGGAUAGGUCUCUUCUAUCUGUAUUGGAUAGCUAUGGUAUUCAUUACCUCAACAUUCUCAUUUUUUCUCUUGAAAACUGCCGCACUUCUCACUCAGAAGUACAUUUUCUUUCCUUUUUUUCUUCUCACUUCUUUCAUUUGCUUUUUUCCCCUCAGGUGCAGAGAUUUGAGGCAGUCAUACUAUUUGGUUCAUCAACAAGUCUUCUCUCAUUUUCUGUCAUCAACAAGUCCUUUCUCAUUUUCUUUUUCUCCUUCAUUCUAGUUAUUCGUGUUCCUUCCCUCACUUCUUAGGUAGCCACUCUAAUGUGUUUAAAGACAAAGACAUACAUAUAUGUCUUUGGAUAUACAUGUGUCUUUAAAUAAUAUAUAGUAUCAUUUUAUGUAUGUUUUUAAAUGUACAUGAUUGAUAUUGUGUUAUGGAAAUCAUUGUUUCUUUUUCACGUUUCUGUAAAUACUUCUGACUAUUGCAUAGUAUUGUCAAAUGACUUUACACCCUUGGCCACUGGUCCUGGGCUAAGAUGUGCCAAUCAGGAUCCUUAUCCAGAAUUUUUGAACUGAAACUAAGGGGGGAAAAAAAUCCCUUUCCAGUGUGGAAGCCAUCAAAUAUAAAACACAGAAGCUGUCAGCAGUCAAAUGUUCCUGCCACGUGGAACCAGCUGGUCUCCAAUGAAAAAGAAUGAAGCCAACAUGCAGAAAACAGCAGAGAACCAUGUGUGCUCAGUACUGCAUCUCCUUUGCUGAUGUUGAAAAAGCUCAUGUCAACAUUCAAGAUUUUAUUCACCUCACACCAGUGCUAACAAGCUUCAUUUUGAAUCAAGUAACAGGGCGCAAUCUUUUCUUCAAAUGUGAACUCUUCCAGAAAACUGGAUCUUUUAAGAUUCGUGGUGCCAUUAAUGCAAUCAAAGGCUUGACUCCUGCCACCUCAGAAGAUAAGCCCAAAGCUGUGGUUACUCACAGCAGUGGAAAUCAUGGCCAGGCUCUUGCCUACGCUGCCAAAUUAGAAGGCAUUCCUGCUUAUAUUGUGGUGCCCCAAACAGCUCCCAACUGUAAAAAAUUGGCAAUACAAGCCUAUGGAGCCUCCAUAGUGUACAGUGAACAGAAUGAUGAGUCCAGAGAAAAUCUUACAAGAAGAAUUAUGGAAGAAACAGAAGGCAUCAUGGUACAUCCCAACCAAGAGCCUGCAGUGAUAGCUGGGCAAGGGACAAUUGCUAUGGAAGUACUAAACCAGGUACCCUUGGUAGAUGCACUGGUGGUACCUGUAGGAGGAGGAGGAAUGGUUGCUGGAAUAGCAAUUACAGUUAAGGCUCUCAGACCUAGUGUGAAGGUAUAUGCUGCUGAACCCUUGAAUGCAGAUGACUGCUACCAGUCCAAGCUGAAAGGGGAACUGACUCCCAAUCCCUAUCCUCCAGAAACCAUAGCAGAUGGUGUCAAAUCCAGCAUUGGCUUAAACACGUGGCCUAUUAUAAGGGACCUUGUUGAUGAUGUCUUCACAGUCACAGAGGAAGAAAUUAAGUAUGCAACCCAGCUGGUGUGGGAGAGGAUGAAACUGCUUAUUGAACCUACAGCUGGUGUUGGAGUAGCCGCUGUGCUGUCUCAGCAUUUUCAAACAGUUUCCCCAGAAGUAAAGAACAUUUGUAUUGUGCUCAGUGGUGGAAAUGUAGACUUAACCUCCUUAACUUGGGUGAAGGAGGCUGAAAGGCCAACUCCUUAUCAAUCUGUUUCUGUUUAGUUUAUGCAAGAGAUUGGAUUCAGUGUCUCUAGAUGCUUGGAAAAUUUGGUUCCUGGUUAAACUUCCUAUCUUCCUCUCUUAAACAGCUUUCAAAUUCCUAAUGGAGAAUGGAUGUUUCAGUAAAUAGUUUUUUCUUUUUUAACUAGCAAGAGAAAAACAUCCAUAGUUUACUGAGACACUUUGUCAAGGCCAAGAAAAGCCUUUGCAAAAAAGGCAGCAGAUCUCUGGGCUAAAGUAGAAAACACAAACUUUGCCCAAUUACAACCUAUCGGCUCCCAUCCCUAGAGUGUUCACUAGUAGCAAUGAGACAGAAUCUCAAUGAAUCUAUUACUCCAUGUCCACUUCAGGCACUGCUAAAGAAAUCUCACUUUUCAUCCAUGGUACUGGGUCUGGUACAUAUGGAUCAUAAGUCCAUUUGGGGAAAACUCGUUUAUAGAGGUUCAUCAGUACUGUGUCCUGAGAUUUUAGCUUCCCAUCAAAACUGCACUUCAUGUGGCCAUGAGUACCUAGAAAGAAAACAGCAAGUUGAUCAAAUUAAAAUAGAAAAUUUAAAAAAAUAAAUAAAUAAAUAAAUAAAUAAAUAAAAUAGAAAAUUUUAAAUCAGUAGUCUUCUAACCCAACAGUCAUUUAGUAGCACUGGGAAAACCUGGAUAAGGUGCCAAAUCCCAUGUUUUCUUACCCAAAGGUUCCUUGAUGUGUCCCCUGCGGCCCCACUUUGUUCUCAGUUCCACGGGUUUAAACCACAACACAUCCUCUUAGAAUGAAACACACAGAAGACCAAGAUGAAAUAUAUACCCACAAAACAUAAACUCAACCCUCACCCCGGAAAGGCAAUCUGAUCCCAUCCUUCACACCUACCUCUGCUGAAGAACAUGUAACGCACUACUGCCAUCUUAGUAAAAAUUUUGAAAGGAUGACCACUCAAAACAAUUCUCUUGAUGACCAUUCUGUCUGGAUCCACUGACAAUAAAUAGCCUGUGGCAAUGAGGCUGUGCAUGCCUAAGGAGCAAAAGCAGAGCAGCAGGAGUCUAUAAGCCAAAGCCUUCAUUUAUUGCUCUAGUCCAUUGAAAGACCUAAACAAGAUCUUAGAGAAACUUAAAGUAGGGAUAUAUUAUGCUGUCCUCCUGGGUCCAUGGCAAAGAUCAUUAUAUGAAAUCCCUGCUAAUCCUGUCACCAGAAGCUACCCUAAAUAUAGCAGUCUGAGCAUCUACCAAUUAGCUGUGGUUUGUAAGAAAGAUAAAACUCCGUUGGUCAUCCUUGCCUUAGGCCAUUAUGGCUGAGACGGAUAUUCCAAAAACUAUCAUUACCUUCUUCAUACAAUAUGGCUCUUAAAUCUAAAUACAAAAAAUAGUUUUAAACCUAUAGAGGACUUGCAGGCCUGUUUCCCUCUGUGAACUUAACUUACCAUUGCUAUUCUGUUUGAAAAGCAGCACAGAUGCAGGAGGAAACGUGAUUGGGCCAUAUAUUGUCACCACCAAGGCCACAUCAGCAGUCAGGAAUCUCUGAAAUUUAUGUUUAUCCGCUGCCAUAAUAGGGGUUAAAAAAAAUAAACCAAAAACAUUUUGAGAAACCAUAGGUAAUCCAGAAGCCUGUGAAAAGCUACAUCACUGCAACUCUUAAACCUAAGGUAACUUAGGUUUCUUUACCUGGCCAGUUCAAAAUAAUUCCUACCUCAAUACAACUUAAAGAUACAACUCCGUUCCUCAGAGUGAUUUUUCAACUGGAGGCAGAAUUGUGGAGCUUGGACUGUAUUUGGGGUUUGAAAAGGUUCUCCAGGUGACUGAUUCUUAUCACCCCUUCAUUUGAGAAACAAUGCUCUAGAGAAUAUCUCCACUAAAUCAACAGUUCUUAAUCUUGGACAAGGAUUGGCAAACAUUUUCUAUAAAGGACCAGAUAGUAAAUAUUUUAGGCCUAUGGUCACACAAUUUCUGUUUCAACUACUAUUCAACUGUGCCACUAUUGUAGAAAAAUACCCAUACAUAAUACUAAGAAAAAGGGGUUAAAAAAAAAAAAAACCACAACUGUGUUCCAACAAAAUUUUAUUUAACAGAAACAAGAGGUGGGACAGAUUUGGCCUACGGGCCAUUCAUACUUUGCUGAUCUUUGAUCUUGAGGCUUCUGCUUUUACCUUCAAUGAAAUUCUAACCCCUUCUUAAUACUGAAGUUAUAGGAAAAUAAAAUAUUUUAAAGGAAAGAGAGGUUAAUCUCUUCAUUUAGAGAGCAAGGCUAGUAAGAACAAAAAUUAUCCAGAGCACCCAUUAAUACUGCCUUUCUCAUCUUCCUCCAUCCAUUAAUGAGAGCUAAAUAUGUGUAGAUGUUCAGAAGCCUCCGCCUCCAAGUUAAUGCAAAAUAUCCUUCCACUCCUAAUGUGUAGGAGUAUAAUCAUUUUACCAUGAAAGUGCCCCUGGUCACCACUUUUAAACAUCUAGUCUCAACAUCUCAGACGCCACAUACCUUUUACCCAACUGUGGGCUACCCUUUACCCACACUGCCACUGGCCAAGAAAUGCUAAAUAGUCUACACUUUGACACACCAUUUUAUAGAGCCACUGACUCCCAUUCCAAACCAUUUUGGAACAAAUACUCAUGGCAGAGAAGCCUCAGCACCACAGAAAGAUUGCAUCACUGGGAUGCUUCAGACAGGUUCAGACAUUGUGAAUAAAAACAUCAUUGGCUCCUAGACCAGAGUACCAAAAAUAUCCCUCACCCAGAAACCUAGAGUUCUAGAAUUUGAAAUUGUGUAUUCUGCACAUCCCCACUACAAUAAUAGUCACCCAGAAGACAUUAAGAUGCACAAGAACCCAGAACUUCCCCACUGCUUUACCUGCAGUGUGCUGAGAGAAUAAAGGUGAGGCUCGGAAGCGCCUGAACCCACAGUGGAAGAUUAAAUCCUCUUUGGCUUUCACAGGUUCAAUGUUGCCAGGGUGCCGGCUCACCACCAUAUUUAGUACUGACAUCUGGUGACCACAUAAGAAAAACAUCUUCAUAUCUGUAACAGAGUAGCCUUAAUCGAAAGAUGGUGAACCAAACUAGCAGUUCAGAUUCACUUUAACACUUACUUAUGGAGAAGUAUAGUGGACAAAGUGAGAAUUACCUUUACCAACAACUGGUAUUCAAGUCAAACACAGGCUGGUUUUUAGAGCCUUUUGUGUAUCUUUCUAUAUGAACUAACAUUGCAAAAGCUGAACAUCUGCCACAAAAUCAGUGCCUUUAAGUCACUCCCUCACCACAUGCCUCAAAACUAUCUCAUUCAAGAUGUUUCCCUCCUCAACUUUUACGCACAAUGACCAAAGGCCAGAGCUCUCACAUCCACCCCAACACACUUGACUGCUGGCCACCAAGAGAAAGAUCUAGGCUGAGGCAUAACCCCUACCCCCCUUUAAGGCUCCCAACCUUUGGUUAAAAUCUGAUCUGACAGGCAUACUUAGAGAAGUCUCAGAACACAGAGAUUGCAUCACUGAGAUGCUUCAGACAGGGUGACAAGUUGGGUAACACCAUCAUGGACUUUUCUAUCAUAUUCUCUGAUUUCCUAAUCCUAAGGCAGAUUCUUCACAUCCCAGUGAACAAAAUGUCACAUAAAAUUUUAGACUGUCAUACAAUAUAAAACUACUUGGAAAGUUUCAUAACUCCCUAUUUCCCAAGACACUAACUCACCUUCUGUUCAUGAGGUAGUAAAGAAAAUGCAAUCAAGGGUGCUCCUCGCUUAAAGUACUCAACCACUGAGAGAGGAACUUCAGAGACGUGAAGUGUGACAUACCAGCCAACCUGCCAGAAGAAAACAGGAAAUAAUCAUGCAGUUACCCUUAAGGUCUCAAUAAUGAAGCAUCUCUCCAAAUAUGUUAGAAGUCUCUUAGACUACCUUUAAAAUUGCCUUUCAUAGAUGCCUCAACUACCCAGAUUAAACUUGUUCAGUAACCAUCUGAUACCUCUUUGUUCUCAACGUCACUCUUACCAGUGGCUCCUUUCCUUUAGUUCAGCUAUGGGCAGCACAAAACUAAAUAAGGUACUCAUGUCAAGAGAAGGAAUAAAGGACAGGGGCACCUUGGCAAACAAAAGCACCUUAUAGGGAUGAACAAAAGAAGGCAGAUACCUCAGCUCCUUCAACUUCUUUUUCCUCAAUUUCUUUAAAAAUGCGUUUCCUAGUAUUAGUAAAGUUCUGAAAUUGAAAUAUCCGAGCAUAAUCUCGAGGAAGGUUUUCCUUAGGAUCCCACGGAGAUGUCCGGAAGCUCUUGAGACCUCUGUAUUUCUGAAAUCUAGAUACGAGAGAUUUUAAAGAAUAGUCAAAUUUAUAUGGUGCUACUUAUUCACUCAAGUCACUUCUAAAAUAGCUAAGGUUCUAGCUUAAAAAGAAAAAAGAAACAACUCUACCACUAUCUCUCAAGAUAAUCUAAUAGCCUAAAACCACACUUCAAACAGCUUCUACAGGGGCACCUGGGUGGCACAGUUGGUUAAGCGUCUGACUCUUGGUUUUGACUCAGGUCAUAAUCUCAGGGUCCUGGAACUGAGCCUCACACCUAGCCCCAUGUUGCACUGGGAGUUUGGCAUGGAGUCUACUUGGGAUUCUCUCGCUCUCAAAUAAAUAAAAUCUUAAAAAACAAAAUGAAACAAAACAAAAAACCAGCUUCUAACAAAUACUUCAGAGCCAAGCCCCAAUCCCUCACUGACAAGACAAAAGUCCUUACAGUGGCUCCUUCAGGGAGUGGCUCUUUAAUCUGGUAAUCAAGGUCCUUGAUAAAAGUCUUACCUCUCCCUAAUAUCCACCAUAAACUCUCUGGCUUCAGUCAGACUCACUUCCAGAGCAGACAGACAUGGUGAUUUGCUCUUCAUACUUUUAUUCUUGCCCAAACUCCCCCAAAUCUCCAAAUGUUUUAUACUUUUAGUAUUAGCUCCUAUAGGAAGCCUUUGCUGAUUCAUCUUAGUAUCUCUUUCAUUAAAGUAUGGUAACAUUAUUAGUCUGUAACCAUACAGCCUAGCACUUGAUUAUGUAUUACUGUUUCCUGUAUGCAUGUCUUACCUUCCCAAACAAAAUAUUAGCGCUUCGGGAGUAGGGACAAUGUGUUUGUCUCCUUGCAUCAUAUGGACAUAGUUCUGAACUACAGAAAUUUUAAAUAAAAACAUACUGAUUUUAGA